GUAAACCAGGUCGAGCGACCUUACAGAUAGAUGUUUCAUUUUUCCACCAAAUACAGAUUUUUGGAAAAUACAGUUGACAGCACUGUUUUAAAGAGUCAGGAAUACAGAUUUUGAUAUUGUUGUUCUUACAUUGUGCAGCGAAAAUAAUCAAGAAAUUAUUGCAACAAAUUCUGCCUCUCAACUGCUAUUUUGUGGAAAAUUAGAAGCACAUUUUUCAAUAUCAAAUUGCUUAUCUUGUGAUCACUGUUGGCAUGACUUCUGGUUCGUAUAGUUCCUCCCAUCCAACUGAUAUAAUUGCCAUCAAGGAUAUUUACCCGGGAUUAAAAAAUGUAAACGCCAUAUUUAUCAUACUGGAUGUAGGCCCCGUCACCUUGACGAAGGAAAAUCGUGAAGUCAGAACCUUCAAGGUAGCGGACCAAAGUGCUGCCAUAAAUGUGUCCAUAUGGGAUGAACCCGGCAAAUUGCUAAUGCCGGGCGAUAUAGUGAGACUGACGAAAGGAUAUGCAGCUGUUUGGCGUCAAUGUUUAACUUUGUACUCGGGCAAGAAUGGUGAAAUCCAUCGGCUAGGGGAUUUCUGCUUCACGUUCAAUGAAAUGAUCAACAUGAGCGAACCGAAUCCAAACUUGGUAGCAGGUAACCAACAAUCUCAUGGCAAUGGCGCUAGCGGAGGAAAUAAUGCAGCAGGGAAAGCUGGUCGACAGCAGAUGGCACAGAAUGAGCCAAGUUUAACCGGAUCGCAAAGUAUGCCUGCUGCAGGACCCUCCACAUCAAAAACAUGUCAGCAAAGUGGAAGAUUCUCUUCGGCUGGAUCUGAACAGAGUAAAUCUUCUCCCAAAAAUACUCCUCGCACUGGCAGAAGCGGUCAAGCCAAAGGUGGUUCAACAAAAAACGAUAGAAGAUAAUGGAAGUAGGUUACGCAAAACGUCAGAAUCAUAUUAAAUUUCGGUUUUCGAUUUUUUAUUAGAAUUUUAAAUGUCGUUUUGAAACACUUGAUACAUUUCAUUAAGUUCGAC